CGAUGUAUUCCGUCUUUCACGGCUGCUAUAAUGGUUUGUGUUUGGUCUUAAAAGUUCUGAUGAGGGUUUGACGUCGGUGAUGAUUGGUUCGAUGGGUCGGAUUUCUUCAUUGCCGCAUAUACAAAACUCACUCACCGUUUGUUAUGGUUUUAGAUGCGGAAGGGAUGGCAUACUCAAUGGUCAGGUGAUCUAUUUGUUGAUUGUAGAUUAAAUGUACGUGAGAGUCUUUGCGAUUUCUUCGGUUGCCCCAUUGGCAGAUUAGGAACAAUGCCAUUGAGGUGGUCGAAUCAUUCCCCAAGAACACAUAUUUUCCCAUUCUGUUUGUUUAGAUUCUAUAGGUUGCAAUGGGCUUCCAGAAUUUCAUCGAUCUCAAAAUCUCAAGGGCAAUUGGGAGGAGCCACCUCUGUUUGGUUUGUUAAGGUUGUAUGCACCUUAUACGUUCGACGUAAAUCGUCAAUGGAAGAAGUUCGCAUUUUGGAUUAUCUUCGCAAGAAUUUAAAUUCUUUGACUGCUUUUAGUGUUAUUGAGCAUAUGAAUAGUAAUUGGAAUAACCCGAAAUUGGCUUUUAGUUUUCUAGAGUAUACCAAGAAUACGUUGAAUCUUGUUCAUUUGAUUGAAACAUAUAGUUUUCUUUUAAGGUCAUUUAGUCAAGUKGGUGWUCAUGAUUURGCCAAACUGCUAAUUGAUUUGAUGAGGAUURAUGGGGUAUCGCCAGAUARUUCGCUUUURGGCUUUGURAUAAAGUCAUUUGUGAAUGCUGGUAAGUUUGAGGUUGCCAAAGAGUUGAUUGUUGAUAGUUCUCGAUCUAGUGUCGAAAAGGAUGGGGUGCUCAGUUGUAUUGUGGUUAACAAAAUUUUGAGUUCAUUGGUGAAGAGUAAUCGGGUGGAUGAGGCGGUUGCUUUUUUUGAAAACAUUAUUUUAAGAUCGCAAUGCUAUUCUCAUAAUGCUUAUACUUUUAAUAUAGUCAUCUCUGGUCUGUGCAGGGCUAGGGAGGUUGACAAGGCAUUUGGGUUUUUCAAUCACAUGAGGAAGUUUGGUUGUUUGCCUGAUGUGGUUACCUAUAAUACUCUUUUGAAUGGAUUUUGUCGUGCUGGCAAUGUUAAUAAAGCACAUGACUUGUUGAGAGAAACUUCAAUGGUAGAYGGRUGUUCACCGAAUGUUGUGACUUUUACUUCAGUUAUAUCCGGGUAUUGCAAACUAGGUAAGAUGGAAGAGGCUAUGGUCCUAUUUAGUGAUAUGAUAAGUCAUGGAAUCARACCUAGCACUUUUACCUUUAAUGUCAUAAUUGAUGGUUUUGGYAAGAUUGGCAAUAUGGUUUCUGUACUAAAUAUGUACGAGAAGAUGGUUGAUCAUGGUUGUACCCCUGAUGUCAUCACCUUCACAUCUAUCAUUGAUGGCCAUUGUCGCCUAGGAGAAGUGCACCAAGGUUUAAAGAUCUGGGAUGAGAUGAAUAGAAKAAAUUUAUAUCCCAACAUAUACACCUUUUCCAUUCUCAUCAAUACUUUGUGUAAAGAAAAUAGAUUAAAUGAGGCACGUGAUCUCUUAAGACAAUUGAAGAAGAGGAGCGAUAUUAUUCCUAAAGCAUUUGUUUACAACCCUGUAAUUGAUGGUUUCUGCAAAGCAGGCAACGUGGAUGAGGCUAAUGUGAUUGUUAAGGAAAUGGAGGAGAAAAGGUGCUACCCUGAUAAGUUAACAUUUACCAUUUUGAUUAUUGGGCAUUGUAUGAAAGGGCGAAUGAUUGAAGCAAUAAGCCUUUUCCAGAAGAUGAUAGUAGUUGGCUGUGCCCCUGAUUCGAUUACUGUAAAUUCAUUGGUAUCACGUCUUCUAAAGGCUGGGAUGCUGAAAGAAGCUUUUGAAAUAAGGAAAGCUGCAUCGGGCAAGCCCGUCACAAAGAGAGAUACUUCAUAUAAUAAAAAUGCAGAUAUCCAUGUGGCUGUUUAACUGAUGUGGCUUUUUGAUGUUGCAUUUGGACAAGCAGUUCCUUGAGGUCAUCAAUGCAUGCAAAAGAGCUCAAUGCUUGGCAUUAUCAGGUCAAGUCCACCUUUCCGAGUCCCUGCUAAUCUGAGUCUCAGCAAUGUGGGUGGGCAGAUAUCAUGAUAUUUCUUUUAUCCGAAGACUUGAUGCUGGAUGCGAAUGACUAUGCGGGCUAACAGAUUAUUUUUUGAAACGAGUCAUUCCCUAAUAGCCUGUUCGAGUCUCCUCAGAGACACUGGAUUUUCCUGGCUGUUAUCUUCAGCACCCUAUAUGAUUUAGUCGAGGUGCGCGUAAGUGGGCCCGGACACCCACUGUUACAAAAAAAAAUGGUCGUAUUUUUAGCAGGUGCCAUAUAUAUAACCUCGUUCUAUUUUUAAACGUGUGCAUGCCAUCAGAACUUUGUUGACCCCCAGAUCAGCUAAAGGCCAUUUCUAACCCUUGAGGGUAAGCUCAACUGGUCACACUUUGAGUUUGCUGACCAUUGAUCACCAAUUCGAGUCUCCUCAGUGCCAAUAAAGGUUUUCCCGACUUUUCCAAUUGUCAACUUCAGGACCUUAUGGGAUUAGUCGAGGUGAUAUAUGGGUUUAAUUCGAAGUUUCAACUUGUUGGGCACAAACACGGUGGGAUACCAUGUCUCCUAUCCUUUCGAGCAAAUAAGGCUGACAGAUAUGUUCGUUCUUUCCCGCUCUAUAUUCUUUGUUUCCUGAAAGGGUAAUUCACUAUCAACUUUCUUGUAUCUAUGCACCGUAUUUCAGUCGAUAAAUUUGGGAAAAGAAAAACGAAGAAUAUGUAUGUAAAUUUGACGAUAUACCCCAUACAUGUAUAUACAUUUAUAUGCAAUAUAACUGGUUCUGGUAACCAGUUCUUUUCGGAACGUGUUUUAUUUCUUAAACCGGUAUAAACG